AUGACCUGGUCACGUCACAAGGUCUUUGCGGCGCAUGGAAAUUAGACGCAAUCCUGUUGUACAGCUAGGAACCAGUUCUCUGUUUCAUGGGAAUCGAGACUCUGGCCUAUACUCUGUCCCCUUCGACCUGUUAACGUCCAUAUUGGCACAAUGAGUGUUCACAGGAAAGUCUCAUCUGUGAAAAAGAAAAAGUCAUACUUUUGUAAGGUUUGCAGAGUGGCGUGCCUAAACACAUAUGGCCUCGAUUCUCACUACAAAGAUGAAGAACAUAAAAAGAUGGAAGAAGCUUAUUAUGGCCAGAAGUAUGGAAAAUAUUUUUAUAGCUGUCUGCAAGAUUAUAUUUUAUGCCCAAUGCGAACAGAACCACUUAUUGGUCUACAAUACAUAAUUCAACUGUAUCCGGAAGUUGAUAGCGAAGAUGCUUUUAAAUGCACACUCUGCAAAAUGAUAGGACCUCUGGGUUUCAUUACUGGCCAUAUUGAAAGCUUUAAACACAGAAGAAUGUACUUGAGCACUGCGUACAAACAUCUACUUCCUUUAUAUAGAAAAAAACAAUCCUAUUAUGAAAAAAGUUGUGCUGUAAGGAAACAUGCUGUUAAAGUGGAACAGGAGGAGAAAACACUUACUGUAAACGAUUCAAAGAGUUGCACCUCUCGAAUUGGUGUUAAAAGUGAUUUUUGGAAAUAUAAUAUUAGAAGGCAAGAAAAGUUGGAGGAAUAUAAGAAGAAGCUAUCUGCAUAUGAAACACAGAAAAACAACAUCUUACAAUAUAUGGAAACCCUUGUGAUUACAUCUCCAGAAGAGGCCGAACUUGUGCAGAAUCUGACUGAGGAGUUGGAAUCAGCAGUGAAUGUGUUUAACAUUAACACAAAGCCAAGACAGGAAAAGUACUAUAAACGUGAGCAAAGUAGGGAAGACUCUGAAGGAAAAUAUUCAAGACAUUCAGAUUUUAGUCGCAAAAAAAGGAGGUCUAUAUGCUAUGAAAAAGAGCAUAAACCAUCCAGUUCUUCUUUAUGCAAGGAUGAAGGGCAGUCCACAUUGGAUAAAUGCUCGACCACAAAGGAGCAUGAAACAAGAAAGCGAUCAAGGAGUGCUUCUAAAGAUAUGACUCUCACAGUUACUUUUAACACAGGUUCUGAGAGUGAAGAAAAGAAUUCAAAUCUACAACUUGAACAGCAAGAAUCAACUACUGCUUGCCCAGUCAAUGAACAAUUAGUAGUGUCAGGUGACGAUAUAACUAAGACCACAGAAGCUAUUUGGCGCAGUCCGAAUGUCCAUGAGAUCCAGGCAAAACGUAUUAGGAAGUGUAGCACAGAUGUGGCAAAAUGGGAGUCACUUUUUUCAAAUCAUCGUCCAGAAACAAGUAAUUCCAUAUUCUCUUGGGGUCCAAAAUCACCAUCAUUAAAUACGGAAUUAUCCCCAUCAGUUGAAAAAGAAGAGCAUUCCAGAAGAGCUUCUUUUGAUGCAUUGUCUGCAUUCACCUUGUUUUCUCAAGAGGGACAAGAACAUGGUAGUGCUAGCUGUCGGCCAAGUUCAGACAGUUUUUCAUCACUUCCAAGUCCUGGUUUCAGAUCUGACAAAAGUCCUCAGUAUGACACCAAGCAAAUGGGGGAGAGAGGUCAAGAAUGGCCUUGUACAUCAAACACUGUUUAUAAUGAAGCUGAGACUACGGAUGUGGAAGUAAUGCAUACUGAACCAGAACAACCUGAUGAUGAAUGUAAACAGACUUCCGAUGUAACUAAAUCUCAUCAGGAUUCAGAAGCUGAAAUCAGUUGUGACCAAUUAUCGGAGGUCAAUGCUAAUGAGGCUGAAGCACCCAAAUCCAGUCAUUUUCUUGAUGCAACCUCUAAACUUUCUGAUUUGCAAUCAAGUGAAAGUAGGCACUUGGACAUGAAAUCUCAUAGCCAAGAUGCAGAUUCCAAUGUCCUAGGUAAUACUUUAUCAUCAGGAAAGUUGCAUGCAUCUGGAAGGCAACUUAGCCCAGAGGUUCUUCAGCUUUUCAAAGGAAAAGACACUAACAGUAUUGUUCAUAUCCUGAAGACACUGUCCCCAUUUUACCCUGCUCUUCAAGAGCUGGAUCUUGAAGAGUUUGCAAAAGUGCUAAGCGAGACUGGAGCUGUAACUGAGUGAGAAAACCAUGCGCUGGAGCUCUGGUACAAGAGCAAGCAAAUGUUUUGCAAGAUGACUGUCUAUAAUAAACAUGUUCUUAAACAUGAAGCUUAUUAGUACUUCUGUACUGAACGUAUAACUGCUCUCAAAGUAUUUUUGCAAUAUUGAGCCAAAUGAAGAUUUUCCUUUUAAAGUUCAAAGUUAGGCUAGGUUUACACACACUUAGUAAUUUCGGUUCCGUCAGAGGAGCAGACCAAUGAAAAUAACAGGAUUGCAGGAUUUGGCACAUAACUGACAUGAAUGGAGCUGAAUAGACUAUUUUCUAUAAUGGAGUCCAUUUGGUUUUUGUUCGGGACACCACCCUUUUACCGGACAAAAAAGGUCUGCAUGCAGGACUCUUUUUGUUCGGUCUUUAAUGGAAUUUUUGAUGGAGGCCUCAAACAGAGCCUUCAAUGUCUAUAUGAACAAGCCCUUACAUUACACUUGUGUUAUCAUAGAUGCAGCCUACAACUAUCAGGGUACUUGAUGCAAUUUUAAGAAUAGUAAUUUUGAUAACCCUGGAUUUGAUUCAUGUAAAUGUUUAAAAGUUUAUCCAGCAACAGUUAAAUCUAUACUACUGCCCUAAACCCCUAUAUUUUAAAGGGGUUCUGUAACUCAUCAGCAUCUGAAUGACACCCAGGACCCCCGCUGAUUAGCUGUUUAAGAAGGCAGCGGCACUCGCAAAAGAUUCGUGACUUUCUCGCUAUUUCCAAAACGUCAGUGACUUCAUGACUAUUACACUGGCCUGGCUGCAGCUCAGCCCCAUUGAAGUGAAUGGGGUUGAGCAUCACCCAGGGCAGUGAAAUAGUUGGUCUGUGGGAACCGGCGAGAAGGCCACAACGCAACUGAGUGCCACUGCCUUCUCAAACAGCUGAUCGGCGGGGGUCCUGGGUGGCAGGCCCCCACCAGACACUAAGGAUCUAUCCAAAGGAUAGAUCAUCAGUCAUAAAAAGGUGUAGAAACCUUUUAAAAUCAUUGAGAAAGAGUAGAACCCCAUAGUGUGGAAUGUAUGUUGAUUUGCCUGUUUUACUGUUCCCCUUGUUGGUUGGUCUCCCUGUGCAAACAUUGAUUGGACAGUCUCAGACCGUGCUGGGAUACAUCCCUUACUGUUAACACACAGUUGCUAAUUUAAUAAUAAACCUCUAGUAUGAAUAAUAAAGGAAUGGCACAACAUAGUCAUAAAAGUUGUGGAAUAUUAGUAUUUACUAAAGGAAACUUAUCAGGACAAACUGUCAAACUAAAUAGAAAAUUAGACACUAAUUAAACAAAAGGCAUAACUAUGUCAAGUUAAAGGAAAGUUGCAAAUUAAAACAGUAGGCCAUAAAAAGAGAAGGAACUACAACCUGUCAAUCAUAUUAAACAUUAUGGGAGGAAUUUAUCACGCCCUGCACUCCAGAAAAAGUUGCAAAAUAGGUAUUUGCGGUUUGUUGUGGUUAUAUGUUCAAAAUGUUGUGCCGUUUUGCACCACUCAUUUGAGUAACUAUCAAAGUGUGCAUGGUCUGCUUUAAGUAGUUAUCAAUCAACCUUUUUAAAAAGAUUGCAAACUUGCUCCAGUAGGGGGUUGUGGUGGCGUAAAAAAACAAAACUGCAUUUCUAGAUAAGGGUUAGGUUUAAAAGGGUUUUCUGAGACUUA